AUGCUUGGAGGUUUCUGCACAGAUUUGUUGGUCACAUUGACUCUCCUCUUUCUAACCCAGACUGGGACUCAAUGCAGGGCAGAAAAUGAUCUUUCAUCCAUUACUUUACCCGAUUCUGGGACAUGUACUAUACAUAGUAACACAGACUGCAGCACUUUUGAUGGAGUGCUAUUUCGCUUCAUGGCCCCCUGCAACUACAUUCUGGCAAAGACGUGCUCUUCCUCUGAGGUUUUGUCCUCCUUCAGUGUGAAGGUGGUCAAUGACCACGAUGAGAAUUCAUCUGUACAAGCUGUGCACCAGGUCAUUGUGUCCGUGGGAAAUGACAGAGUGUCUCUUCUGAAACAGCAGACACACCGAGUUGUGGUCAACGGGAUCUGGAGGAAUCUUCCACUAAGUGUCAGCAAUAACACCGUAAAAAUCAAAAGUAACCUGGCAGCUGUUGUACUUGAAACCAGUUUUGGCCUUUACGUGUCAUAUGACAAUGCGGGUGAUGUGCAUAUAACCCUGCCGCCCACUUACUCUGAGGAAGUCUGUGGCUUGUGUGGAAACUUUAACCAUCUUCGAGAAGAUGACUUGAGAAAGCCUGAUGGAGAACCUGCAUAUGAUGCCACAGCUUUGGCUAACAGCUGGAAGAGUGGGCAAACAAACUCCACCUGUGAAACAAUUCUAGUACCUCACCAGUGUGAACCUGUGGAAGAGGCCGAGUAUGGCAGUGAGCAACACUGUGGAAUUCUCCUCUCUAGUACUGGACCAUUUGCAGCGUGCCGAUCCUUUCUGGGAGCAGAAAGCUACUUCAGGGGAUGUAUGAACAAAAUGUGCUCCGCUCACGGUGAUCCUUUCGUGCUAUGUGAGACAUUGCAGAUGUACGCUGAUAUUUGCAAGGAUGCUGGAGUCAUUAUUCCUACAUGGUGGAACACUACAAUCUGCCCUCUACUAUGUGGUGAGAAUAGUCAUUACAACUCAUGUGCUGAAGGCUGUCCAGAUGUGUGCUCCAGUCAGGAUAUAGUCGAAUCUUGUGGAAGUUGUGAGGAAAGGUGCGAGUGUGACUAUGGCUUCAAACUCAGUGGGGGGAAAUGUGUUCCAACAGAGGACUGUGGGUGCUGGCAUAACAGUAAACACUAUGAGAAAGGAGAAACGAUCUUGGAAGGAGAGUGUGUGCUGCUGUGCCAAUGUAUGGGUGAUAACAAUGUCCAGUGCAAUAAAAUGCAAUGUGACAAAACUGAGGUUUGUAAAGUCAAGGCCGGGGUCAAAGGAUGCUUCCCUAUCAAACCUGCCACCUGUAGCGUGUAUGGUGAUCCACACUAUAUCACCUUUGACGGGAUGGCGUAUGACUUUCAAGGGGGGUGCAGUUACACACUGGCUACCACAUGCGGAAGAGAAAGCUCAGUCCAUUUCACAGUGACCGGUCACAAUAUGCAUCCUCCCCUUCACAACUCGACCCGGUCCAAGUUGGAUGCUGUGACCCUGCAAAUUGAGGAUUUGUACCUCACAUUGAAGCAGACCACCCAAGUCUAUGAGAAUAACAGCCUUGUUCAACUCCCUUACUCCACCGCUGCUUCUUAUGGUUCUGUCUGGGUUUACAAGAAUAAUAGUUAUGUUGUCAUGGAGACAACCUUUGGCCUAAGAAUGGUGAUAGAUGGGCAGAAUAGGUUCUUCUUCCAGGUGGAUGAGAGCUACAAAUAUCAACUAUGUGGCCUGUGUGGUACCUAUUCAGAACAGCAGGACGAUGACUUCAUAAAACCAAGCGGCCAAAAUGCUACGGACCCAUUUGAGUUUGGUGAUAGCUGGAGGGCGCCACACAAUAAUGAAUGUGUUUCCCAUCCAAAUGAUCCGCGACCUUGUGAAAAUGAGGGGGAGGAGAAUGAGGCCUACAUUGGGUGUUUUGCCAUCCUUGGGGAUGCCUUCAAGCCCUGCCAUGAAACCAUUCACCCAAGCAUCUACAUCAGUAGCUGUGUGCACGACUACUGUGCAACAAGUGGCAACCAACACACCUUAUGUGAAUCUCUUAAAUCCUAUGAAACUGCCUGCCACGUUGCAGGAGUGGAGCUACCCUAUUGGGCAACAGGUUCAGCCUGCGCUGAACCCCAAACUACAGAAAAUCCUCCAACUCCACCCACUCCAACUCUUCCAUCUCAAAUACCAGAUCCAGAUUUAUGUCCCAUGAACUGCGACUUUGAGAAGAAUCUGUGUGGGUGGCAGCAACUCAUACAGGACACCUUUGAUUGGACAAGGUAUUCCGGUGCCACCCCAUCAAUCGGAAGUGGGCCAAACCACGACCACACCACUGGGGCGGGAUUCUAUAUGUACAUUGAGGGUGACAGUGUAACACACGGAGACCCAGCUCGUCUGUUGAGCUCAGAGUGCCAUUACAGUGGCCCAGUUUGCCUCCACUUCUGGUACCAUAUGCAUGGCUCUGCCACAGCCAUGGCCCUAAAUAUGUACCUGCUCCAAGGAAAUAAAGCUACCAAGAUUUGGUCCAUGAAAAACAACCACGGGCAAAAAUGGCAUCCAGGAAAAGUUGAUAUCAAUGUCUCCGGCCCUUUCCAGAUCAUUGUGGAGGGAAUCCGAGGCGCCAAUGCUCUAUCAGAUGUGGCGAUAGAUGACAUUUCCAUUCAGUUCGGCUCUUGCGCAAGUAGACUGGGAAACAGACCAGAACCUGCAGAAGUCAUUCCCUCAGACCCAGAUGGUCACUACCUCUACAUUGAGGCCAGUACUGUGUCAUAUGGCGAUACAGCUCGUCUCAUCAGUUCUGAAUGUUCUGCUUCCGGUCCUCAGUGUCUGCAGUUCUGGUACCAUAUGUACGGCUCUGCCGAUACUAUGGGCCUCCAUGUAUAUUUGCUGCAGGGCAAAAAAGCUGAUGCUAUUUGGUGGAAGAGGAAUGAUCAAGGAAAUACGUGGCACUUGGGUCAGGUAGACCUGACAACCACAGGAGCUUUCCAGAUCAUUAUAGAGGGGCGCAGGGGCGCUAAUAAAGAAUCUGAUGUCGCCAUAGAUGAUGUAACACUUUACCAUGGACAAUGUUCAGAUGGCCACUAUCUUUACAUUGAAGCCAACAGCGUAUCACAUGGAGACACAGCUCGUCUCAUCAGUUCAGAGUGUUUUGCCUCCGGUCCUCAGUGUCUGCAGUUCUGGUACCAUAUGUACGGCUCGGCCGAUACUAUGGGCCUCCAUCUAUAUUUGCUGCAGGACAAAAAAGCUGAUGCAAUUUGGUGGAAAAGGAAUGAUCAAGGAAAUAUAUGGCACUUGGCUGAGGUGGAUUUGACUGUCAAAGGAUCUUUCCAGAUCAUCAUCGAGGGCCGCAGAGGCUCCAAUGAAGAAUCUGAUGUCGCCAUAGACGAUUUAACGCUUUACGAUGGACAAUGUUCAGAUGGCCACUAUCUUUACAUUGAAGCCAACAGCGCAUCGCAUGGAGACACAGCUCGUCUCAUCAGUUCAGAGUGUUCUACCGCUGGUCCUCAGUGUCUGCAGUUCUGGUACCAUAUGUAUGGCUCGGCCGAUACUAUGGGCCUCCAUCUAUAUUUGGUGCAGGACAAAAAAGCUGACGCUGUUUGGUGGAAGAGGAAUGAUCAAGGAAAUACGUGGCACUUGGCCGAGGUGGGCCUGACUGUCAACGGAUCUUUCCAGAUCAUUAUUGAGGGGCGCAGAGGCUCCAGAGAAGAAUCUGAUGUCGCCAUAGACGAUGUACUGCUUUUCCAUGGACAAUGUUCAGAGCUAAGUGGUGCGGCAACAACACACCCGCCCAAACCUGAAGGAAAUGCCACUAUUCCGCCAAGUGUCACACCACAAGUAACUGCAGUGACAGAGCUCCCUGCAGUGAAUGUUACUGGUCAAUUCCCAACUACAGCGAGGCCACCUGAGGCAAAUGCCACAAUACCUUGGGUCCCUGAAGCAACAACUAAUCUAAUUAUUAAUAACAAUGUUACUGCACAUGCACAGAACAGACCACCAUACUCAGUGUGCCAACUCAACUGUAAUUUUGAGAAAGGUCUAUGCCAAUGGAAUCAGCUUCUCACUGAUGUAUAUGACUGGACAAGACGAAGUGGUUCAACCCCUACAAUUAUGACAGGGCCCUCUUCGGAUCACACCACAGGACAUGGCCACUAUCUUUACAUUGAAGCCAACAGCGCGUCACAUGGAGAUACAGCUCGCCUCAUUAGUUCCAAAUGUUCUGCCUCCGGUCCUCAAUGUCUGCAGUUCUGGUACCAUAUGUACGGCUCAGCUGAAACAAUGGGCCUCCAUGUAUAUUUGCUGCAAGACAAAAGAGCUGAUCCUAUUAGUUGGGUGAGGAAUAAUCAAGGGAAUAUGUGGCGUCUGGCCCAGGUUGACUUCACAACAACUGGAUCCUUCCAGAUCCUUUUUGAGGGUCGACGAGGUUCUAAUGAUCAGUCAGAUGUGGCCAUAGAUGACAUAUCCCUAUACAGUGGGCACUGUUCAGACCUGACUAAACCUACCACCCUUGCGCCCAUGACAACUGAUUCAGUUACAACAGAAGGUUCUGAAUUUACAACAGAAAACAUAACUGUUACACAACCAAUAACAACUACAAUAAAAACAACAACAGACACAACCAUCUCUGGGACAAAGACAUUAACACCAGAAUUAACUAAGCCCUCAAACCCAAAUGCCUCAACAGAAACGCCAGGUGCGACAGUUACAAUUGAACCUCAGACCACUGACACAGCUCACCCAUCAUCAACCAACCAUCCAGUAGAUGAAGGAACAGAAGAUCCAGGACCUGAACCAACAACUGAAAAAAUGACAGCACCCAUUACAUACCCUCACUCCACAGUUACACCCAUAUCUCUAACAACAGAAAGCAGUGAACCGACAACUAGAUUACACUCGAAAACAUCAUGGACACCAGAAACUCCAACAACAAUUGAACCACAGACCACUGCCACAGCUCUCCCAUCAUCAACCGACCACCCAGUAGACGAAGGAACAGAAGAUCCAGGACCUGAACCAACAACUGAAAAAAUGACAGCACCCAUUACAUACCCUCACUCCACAGCUAGACCUAUACCUCUAACAACAGAAAGCAAUGAACCAACAACUGUUAGACCAGAGCCCCCAACUACUGAAUUGACACCAUCUUGCCAACAGAAUAGUCAUUACAACACUUGUAUCCCUGCCUGCAGUCCAACCUGCAGGUAUUUGAAUGGGCCACCACUUUGCAACGACAAUGAGGGUUGUGAGCCAGGGUGUGUGUGCGAUGAUGGCUAUGUGCUGAAACUUGGAAACUGUGUACCAAUCCAGCAAUGUGGAUGUGUGGACGGAGAUGGAAAUAAAUAUAGGUUCGGUCAAGUGUGGUACACCAAACACUGCAGUCAGAAAUGUAGAUGUGAGAGGGAAGAUGAUAUUGGGGAGAGUGACUGCGAUGAAGAAGAGUGUGAUGGUAAUGCUGUUUGCAUUCAAAAUGAAGAGGGGCGUUAUUACUGCCAAAAAACAGGUUUCGAUGAGUGUACAAUAAAUGGAGACCCCGGAUACAGAACCUUUGAUAACAUGAAGCAUGACUUUGAGGGAGAACAUUCAUAUGUACUGGUCCGAACCAAAAAUUUGCCUGGUAAUCUCCAGGAUGUCUACAUAGAGGGUAUCAAUACACCAAUUGAAGAUGAUGAUGAUGUUGAUGAUAUAAGUAGUGAAGAAGACCGUGAUGAGUAUGAUGAGAACGACGAUAAUGGUGAUAAUGACAGCAACGAGCAUGAAGAACACCACAGAUUACAAGGGCUCAGGAUUAAAGUGUACAAUCAUACGGUGGAGUUCAAGAAGCAUCAGAAGCUGUUUGUGGAUGGACAGAGAACUAAGACACCUGUUUCACCGUCUCUUGGUCUCAAGAUUAAGAAGCAUUCCUCUCACAUUUAUCUCAAUACCGACUUUGGUCUUUCGGUAAAGUUUGAUGGACGAAGCGAUGCAGAAAUAACUCUACCACGUAUAUACAAACGAAAAGUGGGAGGCCUGUGCGGAAACUUCGACGGUAGAAUCCUGAAUGACUGGAUGAAACCAGACGGCACCGUGGCCAAGACUGUUCAAGAGUUUGGAGAGAGCUGGAGAGUGUAA